AUGGAGCCUAUAUUAGAUGGGUCUAUGUCUGCUAGGCUACAACUGUUUCCGAUUGAGUAUGAUGAGCUGUGGUUAUUGUACACAAAGGUGAAGGCAGCAUUCUGGACAUCUGCCGAGAUCGACUUGACAAAGGACCUGCCUGAUUGGGAUAACCAGCUCACCAAUAAUGACAGACACGUUGUAUCCACCGUCCUCGCUUUUUUCACGUCUUCAGAUGCGAUUGUCAAUGAGAACCUCAUCACAAGGUUCUGUAUGGAAGUGCAGAUACCUGAAGCGCAUUAUUUCUAUAUGUACCAGGCAAUGAUGGAAAACAUACAUUCAGAAGUCUAUGGGCUACUCAUCGACACCUAUAUUCAUGAUGUGGGGGAGUGCACUGCUCUUUUUCGUGCCAUCGAUGAACAUCUGACUGUGAAAGCCAAGGCAGAAUGGGCUCUGCAUUGGAUCACAGAUACUUCAUCUUUUGCUACUUGUCUCGUAGCAUUUGCCACUGUUGAGGGCAUUUUCUUUUCCGGAUCCUUUGCACUCAUUGCUCAUGAUGAAGGUUUACACACUCUUUUUGCCAUAACUCUAUAUCGCACCUUGAAGUUUCCUUUGCCUGGAAAUGUCAUUGUGGAAAUCAUUCACAGUGCAGUAGAUAUUGAAAAGGCUUUCUGGGAUGGCGCAUUCAAGUUGCCUUGUCUCAGAUUGGAUGCCGAGAACAUGAAGAAAUAUAUCGAAUUUGUGGCCAAUUACUUGCUUGUGGGGCUUUCCUUACUGAAGGAGUUCAAUGUGGUGAAUCCCUUUGAUUUCAUGGAGCUCAUAUCCCUCGAAGGAAAGACCAAUUUCUUUGAGAGAUGGGUGGGAGAGUAUAGCCAUGCGUUCCUGUCUCAUAAUAAUGUUGUUCAGAGUUUCAGUACAGAGGAGGACUUUUGA